CACCCCCCCCCCCACCCCGCCGCCGCCGCCGAGGGACGCGGGGAGGUGGGCGCUCCCCGUCCUGGCUCUGGAUGAGCACCGCGUCGCUUCGGCAGGGGCGAAGGGACGGCUGGAUGACGGCUGAGGAUGUGCUAUGGAGCCGGGAUUCAACUGCUCUGAGCUCUGCGGUGGCAGCUCCAGUUUCGGCAGCCAGGAGCAGCAGCGGCGGGCGCUGCAGGAGCUCUGCACGGUCACGGUGACAUCUUCUGACCGCGGUGGGAAGAGCUCCCCGUCCUUCUCGGCUGCUCUCCUGGGAGUUGUGUGGACGUUCCUGACCGGAGGAGUCCUGCUGGCGCUCUUCUUCCUUGCCUUCACCAUUCGCUUCAGGAAAAACAGGAUCGUGAAGAUGUCCAGCCCCAAUCUGAACAUUGUGACCCUGCUGGGCAGUGGCUUGACUUACACUAGUGCUUACCUCUUUGGGAUUCAGGAGCAGAGCCUGCUGCCCGGAGACUCGGUGGAAAAGCUUAUUCAGGUGAGGCUCUGCCUGCUCUGCGUGGGAACCUCCUUGGUGUUCGGCCCCGUCCUGGGAAAAAGCUGGCGGCUCUACAAGGUGUUCACCCAGCGGGUGCCGGACAAGCGGGUGAUUAUCAAAGACCUCCAGUUGCUGGCGAUGGUGGCAGCGUUGGUGCUGGCGGACGCCGUGUUGCUCUUGACGUGGGUAUUCUCUGAUCCAGUCCAAUGCUUCCGAAGCCUCAGCGUCUCACUGCGGGCGACAGAGAAAGGCAUGACCUGCUCCGUCAGCCGGGUGCAGUCCUGCGCAUCUCUUUAUUCCGAUCUUUGGCUCGUUCUCAUUUUAGGGUUUAAGUCCAAACCUCCGCUGCUUCUGCUUCGCUUUUUCCUUCUGAAUGUCCUUCUGAAUCUCCUUCCUGCUCCUUCAGAGAGUAUCCUUCUGCUGUAUGGGACCUACUUGGCCGGUCUGACGGACAACGUCAGCUCCCCGCCAGUCAACCAGUCCUUGACGCUCAUCGUCGGGGUCAACCUCGUUUUCCUGGCUGCUGGCACCGUCUGCUUGGUUCACCGCUUCUUCCGCGCUUGGCACAACUUGCUGUUUGGUUUUACCUCCGGAGGCAUCUUCGUGUGUACAACCACGAUCAACUGCUUCAUCUUUGUCCCACAGCUCAAGCAGUGGAAAGCCUUUGAAGAAGAAAGCCAAACCGUGAGCCACAUGGCGAAAUAUUUCACCAGCCCGAGCAAGAGCUGCCGCUCGGUGUACAGCGAGGAGCAGCUCUACCAGCUGAUAGGGGAGAAAAACUCCAUGAAGCGGCUGCUCACCGAGAAAAACGCCGUGAUCGAAAGCCUGCAGGAGCAAGUGAGCAGCGCCAAGGAGAAGCUGAUGAGGCUGAUGUCUGCAGAGAGCGGCUGCGACCCCCACGUACCGCCGGCAGCUCCCCGCACCGGGAGCUCGGGACGGCGUGGGGAUGCACCGGGGGACCACCGCCCCCCGGACCCGGAGCGGGACGGGUCGCAGCCUCCCUGCUUGCCGGGUACGCCGCCUCUUCGCAGCGAUGCUCAGGAUCUCCAGAAACACGCGAGCCGCGAGCCUGUUUGCUCUCGGGUGCCGGUUUUUGACACGGGGGACGGCAUCGAACGUGGCCCAAAAGACGUCCAGGAAUGCGGGAAACCCGCGGGGCAGGGGCAGCCUCCGGAGCAGCUGCCGGGCCAGGACAUCUCGGCCGGCGUGGCGUGGGAGACGUCCCCCAAAGUCAGCUACGUCAGCAGCGAGAAGCUGCGGGAAAUCUUGCGAGAGCUGAGCCUGGAUGGCAAAACCUAUAGCCCGGCUUUACCUGGGGGAUCCCCGCGGGGCAGCCCCCCAGGUGAGCAGGGAGGAACGUGGGGGGCCCGGGAAGGCUGCCCGGGCAUCCGCACGCCCCUCAGCCCCUACCCGGCGAGGCGGCGGCGGAGGAUCCUGCUGCCCGCUGCUUCCACCCGCUUCCACGGACACGUGUCCCCUCGCGCCAGCCGCGGGGUGAAGGAGGCAGGCGGCUGGGGCGGCGGGGGAUCGCCGCGUAUCUCCCCGGGGAGGGAAGGGGAGAUGGCUGGCGGGGGGGUCCUUCACCCGCCAGCACCGUCCCCUCCAGCCGUCCCUGGGGAGCUCUGCCUCCAGCCAGAGGGAUGGCCGGGAUGGCCGGAAUCUCGGGACGCUUCGCCGUGCAUCCCGCGGGAGCGGCGGCGGUGGCAGGGCACCCCGAGGGGACCCGCCGAGCCCUCCCUGCGCUCGCUGUACUAUUACCCGGACUCCGACUCCAGCAGCAGCAGCAGCAGCUCUGAGGAGAUGUUUCACGGCUGCCACCGGCCCUGCUGCGAGGUCUGCUUCCAGAGUCCGCGCGGCUCCCUGGGAAGCAGUAGCACGGACACGGACGCGGAGCCCGGCGGUUGCGCGGGCCACUGGACAGAGCGCCGCGGCGGGCCCCAGCCCGUGGUGAAUUUCAAAGAAGAUCUGAAACCCACCUUUGUGUGACUGGGGGCACCCCUGCCCCAAAGGCAAGCGCCCUCCCGCCCCCGAAACGCUGGGUGUUUUCAGCGACGCUAAAGCCAUGCGUCCCUCCGAGGGACGCGUCUUGUUCUGGCAUCUGGGGGUCGGGAAUAAACCUUGCCCCGCUCCGGGUUGCGAUGUCAGCCCCAGCGGCGACUGCAGACGGUGUUUGGCUGGGAGGUGGUUGGCAGCACUCGGGGAGGUGGCCGCGGUUUUGUCCCUGCCACCCCACAGAUAGCCAGCACGUCUGUCCGUCCCGCUGCCGGCAGCGGAAAGACUGGGGGCUGGGUGUCCUGCGAGAGCCCAAACUUCAUCAUCUCAGAGGGUUUUCCCUACGAGAGCUGGUUGAUUCGCGGCGCCGCGUCUCAGAAACGCGCGCGGCUUCUCGCACGCGGCAGGCGGACGGACGGACGGACGGACAGAGGACUCCUUCCCCGAGGCUGCCGAUGCAAGAGCCUCCCACCGGCAUCGCACCCGGCUGGAGAUGGGACUCCAGAAGCAGUUGCAGUUGCUCGCCCGGGGCGUGCUGCUCCCUGGCAAAGCGAGGACCUCGGAGCGGGGCACGUGCAGGAGACUUUUGGGGUGGUUGGUUUUUGGUUUUUUUUUUUUUUUUUUUUUUUUGGUAGCAUCUGAACGAGAAAAUGGAGUCCAAAGGUGAUGCCCCGGGAGGUGUCUUUGCGUUUUGUGUAGUUCAGUUGCACGGUCGUAGGUGAGGCUCAGGUCAGAGCUGAAGGGAAAGACAAGCUAGCAAUCGUAAAAGAGGAUCUGAAAAGGUUUUCUUUUCUUUUUUUGCCUUGUUUUUCUGGGGCUUGGGCCCUUCUGUAUGUCUUUGUAUGGAUGAUGUAGUCUGGAAUGAGGUUUGUUUAAAUUCA